GAACAUCCCCUGGGACGGGAAGCUUCACACCGGAGAAUGUUGUGGAUCACGGGACACUUGGGGACCCUUGUCACCUUCUGAGAUGUUGCUCCAAGUGAGCCCAGUACCUUCAGCUUAUGUGUGAAUGUCCCGUACUUGGGAACGGAGCCUUCACAGCUGAGCCAUUUAGUAGGGGAGGACAUUGGCAUGAUAAAGACUUCUCCGCAUAGCAGGAUUUGCCUCUUAUUAGCCUUUUCCCUUAUCUGCAAGCCCUUCUGCAGCUGCAGGCCGCUCAGCGAACGGCUGGCAAAGCACUGCGUGGAUUGUUCGAGCCCUUAGCACCCACGGUCCAGUACCUCCCCUUCGCCACCCUCACAUCCCCACCCACCCGUAGCUCCCUGCUCACCGCCACCCACAGCCCUUUCACCUCCUCAUUAACCCACUCCAUCAGCGCCCAGAUCCCUUCCCAGCUCCAUCACACAUCAGUCCCCUGCCGCCCUAAAUCCCCGUCCAUGCCCCAUCGCCCCCCUCGCCGGGGGCGGGCCGUUCCCAUUCCCGCUCCCGCUCCCAUUCCCGCUCUCGCUGCCUCUCUCCCUGAGGGAGCGGCGCGGCCGGCCCGGUCAUGUACGCGGGGCGCAGGCGGAGGAAGCCGGUGCCGCGGGUGACGCGGCAGGGCCCGGCCGAAGGCGGCGGCUCCAACCCGUCCAAGCGGCACCGGGAGCGGCUGAACCGGGAGCUGGAGCGGCUGGCGGGGCUGCUGCCCUUCCCGCCCGACGUGGUGGCCGGGCUGGACAAGCUGUCGGUGCUCCGCCUCAGCGCCGGCUUCCUGCGAGCCAGGAGCUUCUUGGGCGUUGCUCUGAAGAAUCCUGGUGCCAAAGAAGCCCAGACGGACGCAGCCUGUGGCAUUGGACCGGCUCCAGGCUCAGCAGCGGUUCCAGAGGGUGAGCUGCUCCUACAGGCUCUCAAUGGCUUCGUGCUGGUGGUGACAGCAGAAGGGCUGAUAUUUUACUCCUCACAUACAAUCCAGGACUACCUGGGAUUUCAUCAGACAGAUGUCAUGCACCAGAGCGUCUUCGAGCUGAUCCACACUGAGGACCAGCCGGAGUUCAGGCGCAACCUCCACUGGUCUGUGGACCCACCACUCACUCCCAAGGGUGAGGCUCCUCCAGCAGCGGGGAAGAGUCUUGACUCUUCUGCUGCCAUCUACAAGCCAGAUCAGCUGCCCCCAGAAAACUCUUCCUUCCUGGAGAGGAGCUUUGUGUGCCGCUUUCGCUGCCUCCUGGAUAAUUCCUCCGGCUUCCUGGCAUUAAACCUUCAAGGCAGGCUGAAAUUCCUUCAAGGGCAGAACAAAAGGUCUGAAGAUGGCUCUGCCCUGGCCCCCCAGCUCGCUCUGUUCGCCAUCUCCACACCCCUGCAGCCCCCAUCCAUCCUGCAGAUCAGAACCAAGAACAUGAUCUUCAGGACCAAGCACAAGUUGGACUUCACCCCCUUGGCGUGUGAUGCCAAGGGGAAGAUCGUCCUGGGCUACACCGAGGCAGAGCUGCGGAUGUGUGGUACCGGGUACCAGUUUGUCCACGCUGCUGACACGCUGUACUGUGCUGAGAACCACGUCAGGAUGAUGAAGACGGGGGAGAGUGGCCUGACAGUGUUCCGGCUGCUGACCAAGGACAACCGCUGGAAGUGGGUGCAGGCCAACGCACAGCUUGUCUACAAGAACGGCAAACCCGAAUACAUUGUGGUCACACAGAGACCCCUUGUAGAUGAAGAAGGAGGAGAGCACCUUCAGAAGCGGUCCAUACAUCUUCCCUUUACCUUUGCUACAGGAGAGGCACUUCUAUACCAAAGCUCUCACCCUCUCCCAGGCUUCCCUGACCUUUUCCAAAGCAAAGGGAAGCCCAGCAAGUCCAAGAAGCCCUCCUGCAGCCAUGUAGGGCGCUCCCAGAAGAACAGCAUUGACCCCAGGUCUCUACUUGGCGCCGUGGUGCGACAGGACAAGGUGGUGUACGCCUCCCACCUAGCUUCCCCUCCCAACCCUUCCUUCAGCAGCACUCUCCAGCUUGGGGGCGAGUCCUUGCCAGGAGCAGGAGGGGAUGCAUGGAGUAUGGCCACAGCUCCAGUUUCUUCAAGGGGCAGCAGCCUCCAAGAGAAGCUGCUGGAUUUGCAGCAGGAGGACUCUCUCUUGGCCACCAUGGACUUGCUCUCAAUUAAGAGUGACAAGCGCUGUUCAGACAAGCUCUUCAGUGAUUUGGAGGGCCUGGGCUUGCAUGCUGAGGACCUGGAGCUCCUGCUGCUAGAUGAGAAAAUGGUGAUGGUCAGUAUGGACCCAGACCAGUCCCUGUCCCUGAACAACAGCCUGGCCGGCAACCAGAAUCUCUCCUACGUCCCCAGGCCUCUGGUGGAUGAGCAUGAGGGAGGGCAGCAGGUCUGUCCCUUGCCAGGCAUGUCCCCCGGCCCACAGGGAGGCACUGCUACAUGCUACAUGGAGAACAAGGACUCGAGGUGGCACCUGGCACAGGGUGCAGGGCAGCACAGCACUGCCCUGAGCAAGCCCCCUGGCCCGCUGUGGGAGCAGCCCCUCGGUGCUGUGAAAGGGCUGCUCCCAGAGCUGGCUGAGCAGGAAGAGCUGCCCAGUGGCUCCCAGUGGAGACCAGCCAGGGAGGAGACUGUGCUCCACUUCCAGCCAGCACAGAGCACCUCAUGGGACAGGGCCCCCAGCUCAGCCCCUGGAGCCCACUGCCCACAGGAAAUGCCUGGGGCCCAGCAGUUGCAAGGAGACUUCCCAGCCAUGCAGCCCCUCCAAGAGGAUGCCCAUCAGUCUUUCCCCCUGUCCAGCCAGUACCAGGACCAUGUGGCACUGCCCAGCUGGCCAAAACACCGUCACUUGCUGCUGAAUGGGGUAUGUGGCCACAGCCCUAACUCCUCUCCACUCCCCAGCCCAUGGCAGGACUACGUUUGCCCGCUGCUGGGCUCUCCAGCUCAGCCUGGCGUUCAUGGCCUCAGCCAAAACGUGCACUCCCAGCCCCAGGGCUGUUUGGGCCCUGGGCCUGGUGUACCCCCACAGCACUUGGACCUGAAUGGAUUAUGCACCCUGGAAGGUGCCGGCACUGGAGACUCCUGGGAAGAGUUAGCUCCAUACCCCAGGUUUUUUCCCCCUUCCUACCAGCUUAUUUCCGAAAAGCAGCUGAGCCCUGGUCUCUCCGUGCCUCAACACCCUUUCCCCAGCUCAGCUGCAGGGCACUUAGGGAGCGUCAGCAGCCCUCUGGAGACUCUGAAUUCCUGUAGGACACAAGCCCCUGUGCUGAGCCAGGAGGACAGGCACUGGCCCCGCAGCAGCUGUGGUUUGCCCAGCUCUCCCAUGGGACUGCCCCAAGACCACCCAGUGCUAGGGGGAAGCCUGGCACUGCCCUGCCAGCCUCAGUCCCAAGCAGAAGUGCUGCCGGAUCCCACUCACGCCUCCAGGGGGGACUUCUGUCUCUAGGAGAGAUGGACAAAGUAGGACUGUUCCCUGGUGAAGGAGCUGCCUUCAAGCUGCAGAUAACAAACCUUCCCCACUGCUGUGCACAUCCUGCGGGUGCUACUGAUGUUGGUUGCUUUGGGUCACCUGGGGGUUUUUGCUCUUCUCUCAACUUCCCACCAUCCUGCUCCCUGUGCUGUUCUUGUCUUGGUGUCUGUGGUGUGGGGUGGGACAGCAGCAGGGCUGGAGGACAGAUUUCCCAGGGCACUGGAGCAACCUGAGCUGUGAUUGCAGGUCAGCCUACAAGUACAACCAAAACUUUGUAUUUACAUACAUGAUCCAGCAUGGAUACCAGCCUCGCAUGUCCUAAAAAAAGAGACAGAAAAUGUUUUCACCUCUGGUAUUAAAUCUCCUGCCAUCCCAGCCAGGUAUCAGUGGCUGUGGCCAUGUUGUACAGAUACUGCCUGUUUUUAUAAGGAAAAUCAGCCCUGUAUCAUGUUCUUGUGUUGCUCUGCUCCUUCCCCACCUCAGCUUUCCCUGUGUCCCAGGUGUUCCCAGUGUUUGGGAUCCAGGUUAGAGCUCCUGUAACAAACACCCUGGCUUUUGUGUACUGUACAAGACAUGCCCAGGUUGGCUCCUAAGCUGAUUUUCUCUGGGUGCUGGCCUCUCAGGUACCCUCAGACUUCAAGUCUCAAAGUUUUCAGUUAAAAACCAGAAACUUCAGUAAGAUAAAGUAAGUAUAAUGCUGCUUAAUUGUAAGUACUGAGAGAGUGGUAUCUUCCCACAGAAAAAAAACCCACAGCCCAUAUGUGUGUAUAUAAUAUGAAUUGACAGAUUUUAUUUUUAUGCCACUCCAGUGGAAGGAAAAAACAACCUCUUAGCAUCCCAAAGCAGCGUCCAGUGGAAUGGGAUGAAGAGGUUGUUUAAAAGAUCAGAAACACAGUGAUUCUUUAAGAAACCUGGCAAAGCUUAUCUCUCCUCCUGCUUGCCCAGCUUUGGAUUCAUACGGAUUCUUACUGGUUUUGUUUCAAUAAAUGGUUUUGGAGAUCUUCCCUGAUGUUUCCCUUGCUGGUUGUGUCUCUUCCCAAUCUGGAGCACAUCAGGGUUUGCUGGCUGCAGCACUGGAGCUCAGGCCUUGCCACUGGUUACCUGGGACACGAUGGGUCAGGUUGGAAGGGAUCCCAAGGAGCACUUGGAGCCUUUAGGAUGCACACAGUCCAUCUGCCAGCUCCUGCCAGGAGUGUUUGAAAAGAAUUGGGAAAUCUGACAGAGAAGGCCAGGAUGAGGAUAUGUGAGACAUAGCCUGCAGCAAAAGGGGGCUCCUGUCUCAAACCAGCUGGGAAAGGUUACAUCUGAUACCGGCUGCAUCCAUGAGGCUGAAAGCACCGGUCCCCAGCUGCCAUCACGGAGGCCAGGAUGUAUCCCUGGGCCCCAGGGUAGCAGAGAGCAAGGUCCAAAGACUUUCCAAGCCUGGCUGGAAGGAUAUAAAGAAUGAUGGAGCACAUCAACUGUCAUCCUGGGGUGAAGGACCAGCACAUGGCCAGCAGCAGGACUGAAGCUCCUGCAGCAAAGAAGGCUUUGAAGAAACAUGGAAGGGAGGCCAGGCAAGGCUGUGGCAAGCUGGGAGAGGAACAGGCCAAGCAUCAUCUAUGCUGGCUGAGCUCCCGUGGAGGAUGUGCACGAGUUAACAUCACAACUGUGAGGACCACAUAUCUCCUUCUGAACUUCAAAUUUCAUGACCUCAAUGCAUAUCCUUAAUGACCAAAAGCAUCCUUCUGAAUUUUAAGAAAACAUGAAUCCAGCUGAGUGCUCAUCAGUUAAUUGGAAUAUGAGAAGAGAAAAUAAUUUCCCUGUCCAGUGGGUGGUAGGCAACCAAAGGCCAUGGGGCUCUUUGUGGACACAGUUUAGUGGCAGGCUUGGCAGUACUAUGGGAAUGGUUGUGUUCAAGGGCCUCCAGAGGGCUUUUCCAACCUUAGUGAUUCCCUGAUUCUGUGGUUCUACUGCCAUCCUGUGUCACUUGGUGCAGGCCUUGUACCAAGCACAGCCAUUCUGCUGCUCCUUAUCUUCAAGGACCGGUCCAGAGGUUUCAUUCAACACAAAGAGCUCUCAGUUUCUCCCUGUCGCACCAGCCCCUAGCAAGAAACUUCUCAUAGUUCUGGGCAAGAGAGUGGGAUUAUGGUAAGAGGACAGCUCUUCCCAUUCCCUGGGAGUGCAUGUCCCAGUGUAAUAAAAUGAAAACAUAACCAUCAUAGUAUGCUUUUCUCUGUGUUUGCUUUGGCCACGCUGAGAUUUCAGUCCCUAAAAUUCCUGCUGUCUCCCACAGUGGCUGGGUAUGCCCAGCCUCAGUAACUGUCCCAUGAGCUUCCCCUCCAUCUUGGCCCCUGUGGCUGGAAGCAGAGACCCACAGGCUUUAGCUGGAACCACCAAGAGCAGCACAGCAGCUUGGAGCAGCCUUCCCUCUGGGAGCCACCCGGCUAAUGAGCUGUGACAUGGGCAGGUCACCCUGUCUGCAGUAAACCCUGAGCAGGCCGUUGCCAGAGGCAGUUCCAGACUUUGGGGUUUGCGGAUAACCUUGUCAGCAGGCUGGUUGUUCUGCCUGUCUGGGCUUUGUCUGUCCCUACAUACGGUGACGCUGACAGCAGCAAUGCCAGACAUUUCCCUGUGAGGCAUGCAGGGGCGAUGGAUGUGCCUCACCACCCUCGCAGCAAGGAGUCUCUUCCUAAUACCUGAUCCAAACCUGCCCUCUGUCACUUGGGAGAGCUGCUUGGAUUUCAUGGGAAUGAGGAGUUUUGGUGUGUUUGAACAGAAAAAAAACCACAUUUCUGGGGGUGGCAGGUGCAUUGUGUCCCUGUCUUUGCCUUAUCUCAGAUGAUCUCUAAGAUCUGCUCCAACCCUAACCAUUCCAUGACUCUGAGGUCCCUUCAGUAGGGAAAAUUCUGAUUUGCAGCCAAGACUUAGCUCUCUGUUUGGAAGAUGUGUAUAUUAUACACAAGAUUGGCAGGGAUAGCCAACAAUUUCCUUUAAAAAACACAAGCAGAGAAGAAAACUGGUUUCAAAUGCAGUGAAUGUUCAUUUCAGUGUUUGCCGAUUCCAGGAAAAAAAAUGCUGGCAUUUUUGUUGAAAUAGCGAUUUAAAAUGUACUUUGUAUUGCAAAGGUUUGGACUUCUACAAAGAAUUAGGUAUUUACUUGACAUCUUCUAAAUCCUGUGUCCUAAACAUGGUAUUUUCCCCAAGCUACACUUGAAGUCCUUUAUGGGGUUUUAAUCCUCUGUUUCUGCAGAAGUGUUUUUUUUUUCUCCCACCUCGUGUAAGGUCCCAGAGCUCUUCCUGUGAUUCCCUUGUGCUGUUUCCUGGAGUUCACUUUGUACUCAAUGUGUUUGAAAUCCCCAAGAAUGUCUUGUUCCACUUUAGCACUUAGAAGUGCAUGGGAUGCCCAUGGUGUCCCCACCCCACAUAACCUCACAAACUCCAAUAUGUGCAGGGGUCUAAGAGUGGCAGGAUACUGAUUGUUUUUUUCCCUGUGAGCUUUUGCCUUGAGAGAGAGUUCCCUCAGCCCCAAGACCUGCCAUUUCCCUGGGAGUGCAGUGAGAUCUCCAGGGUUAUAUGCCACACGUGUGGCUUGGCUGAAAAUCUCACCAAAGACAUCACCUUGGUGUGGGGGGUUGUUAAUUGAUUUGAGAGUACCUACCCCUCUUUUUGGAAAUAGCCUGAUUCUCCCUGAUGUUGCUCUGUAAGAGUCUCUACAAAGGCUCUUCCGAUGCUUCCCAGAGCAACACCAGAGGAAGAACAGAGGGUGAAGGAAAGCUUAGUAGGUACUCAAAAAACUCACCGCCACCCACAUUCCCUUGGCUGAGCUAGAGCUUGGCAUUCCCACCAUGUGGAUCAGUCACUGGAGAUCCAGGGCUGAGCUUCAGGAGCUGGGGCUGAGUAGAGAUCCCAGUAGAGGGGCUGGUCAGGGCCACCAAGGUUUAUUAGUGCCCUCAGGGCCCUGACACAGAUGAGGAGAGACUCCUUGACAGCAGUUUUGGGAUUAGCAGCUCCCUGACUGGAAACUUUUGGUGAGGAGGGAGAAUUGUGAGGUGAGAUGAGGUAUGAGCUGAUCAUUUCCACAGGGAACGAGGAACCAGCAAGUUUGGAUGUUCAACCGAAGUCACUUCACUGGAGAAGUUACUUCUGCUUUUCUAAAAGUACACCCUUGAAAAUCUUUCCAAGUUGGGCAGCCAAGAGCAAAGCCACUCAGAGCCACCAGUUGCUUUGGAAAGUUGGCACCAUAGUGGAAAAUGCUGCAGACACCUGGCAAGUCACACUGGGCAGUAAAAAGAUGCUCCCUGGAGCUGCUGUUUGUGCAUGGUCCUAUGUGCUUGUGUGGGUUUCCUCAGUUAUUCUUGCAUUGCCCUUAUGACUGUUGCUAUUAAUUACUGAAAAAAGGAAGGGCCUGCUUACAUCAGGACAGAGAGGUGAAGGAGAGCUCCAAGCUGCACAAAGCCCUUCACCCUUCUCUUGAAGGCAGACUGUAAAGACUAGGUGGCCUUUCCCAAGCCUCUGUGUCUUCUUUUUGUCUGUAGCUGAGGAGAACCUUAAAAAGUGAAUAUAAGAAACAACAGCACACAGCCCUCUUGGAAAGAAGAGAAUGAUGUGCACCAUUCAUGGUGUCUCCCUCUGAUUUGAUGUGACAGCAGAGCACUCUAAGCACUGUCUCAGGAAACCAAGUGUAGGCAAAAUAUCUGCUUCCAUCUUCCCUAGCCCAUCCCCUCCAGCUACAGCUGAGAUACGCCUGCAAUUCGCCAACUGUGUCACGUCUUGCAGAAGGGUCUGUUCUCAAAAGUGUUGAAGACAGCUUCAAAUGAACUUCAGUAAUGGCUCAAAAAGUGAAAACUCAGCUCUUCUGCCUGCUCAUUUCAGGCUGGCAACUCAAGAGAAAGCCAUUGUGGCCAACUCUGCUGAAGCCUUUUGCCAAAGCAAAGACAAUUGUGCCCACAGCCUUCCCUGGUUUGGCACCUGGCUGCUGCGGACGCCUCAGUGCGCAGGUGCCGACGUUGGGGCUGCUGCUGUUCCUGUGCACACUCUGCUGCUGUUUCUAUGGGCUCCAGAGCCGCUUGGGCAGCAGCCACUGGGCAGCCCUGCUGGAGGAGACAUCGCCGCCCUCCCCAUGGUGGCAGCAGCUCUGCGGGCCCCGAGCUCUGUGUCAGGGGGGCCUCGGUCACAGCAGCGUGGCCUGGGCAGCCGCGAGGGCCCGGCCUGGCCGCC